AGAUGAGGGUCUGAUGGAUGAUGAGCAUGCAGAUGAGGAGGAGACGCCACAGCAGUCUGAAAAUGAAGAAAGCAUAAUUGUUCCUGCCAGUAAAUCCUACACAGUUGCCAUCAUCAAACCAGAUGCUGUUGCUCACGGCAAGGCAAAUGAGAUCAUUAUGAAGAUCCAAGAUGCUGGGUUUGAGAUCCUGGCCCAUGAGGAGCGCACGCUGACUGAGACUGAGGCUCGAGAUUUUUACCAGCACAAAGCAGAAGAGGCUUCCUUUGAGGACUUGGUGCAGUAUAUGUCCAGUGGUCUGUCCCAUAUUCUGGUACUGUCUCAGGUUGAGGGCUCAGCAAACGUUGUGCCAGCAUGGCGUGAGUUUAUUGGCCCAGCAGACAUAGAGGAAGCCAGGAGAGAGAAACCAGAAAGCUUGCGGGCACAAUACGGCACACAGACACUGUUCAACGCAGUGCACGGUAGUGAGGACAUCGACCAGGCCAGCAGGGAGCUCGCCUUCUUCUUCCCCAACUUUAGGACGGCCUCGGUAACGGAGCAGGAUGGGGAGGAAGAGCGUGUGGAGAGGACACUGGCUCUUAUCCGGCCUGACGUUGCCAAAGAAAACAGAGAGGAGAUCUUAGCUCACAUCCACAAGUCAGGCUUCACCGUGGCUCUCCAAAGAGAGGUGAUGUUGACAGAGGAGCAGGUCAGACAGUUUUACUCCCAACACGCUGAGCAGGACUACUUCCCUGCAUUGCUCCAAAACAUGACCAGUGGGCCGGUGCUAGCUUUGGCAUUGGCCAGAACGGGGGUUGUCGGUCACUGGAAGAACAUCCUCGGUCCUUCUGACGUUAAUAAGGCCAAAGAGGAGAGUCCUGAGUGUCUAAGGGCCCAGUUUGCUGUGGAGAAUGAGCCUAUGGGCCUGCUGCAUGGCAGUGAAAACCACGAAGAGGCAGAACGAGAGAUCAACUUCUUCUUCCCUAAACAACAAACACUGGCAGUGAUCAAACCUGAUGCCUUAGAGGAACACAAAGACAAGAUAAUGGAGGAGAUCAGCAGCGGCGGUUUCUGUGUAACGCAGCUGAAGGAGACGGUGCUGUCGAAGGAGAUGGCUGAGGAGUUUUACAAAGAGCACAGAGAGAAGCCUUUCUUCAACCAGCUGGUGGAAUUCAUGUGUCGAGGGCCGUGUCUGAUGCUCGUCCUGACCAAGGAAAAUGCAGUGGAGGAGUGGAGGGCCAUGAUGGGCCCUGCAGACCCUGAUCAAGCAAAGGAGACAUCUCCAAACUCUCUGAGGGCCCGCUUCGCUUCCAACAUCCUGCACAACUCGGUCCACGGCUCCUCCAACGAGCAGCAUGCAGAGGAGAAGAUCCGUUUUAUCUUUGGUGACAUCUGCUCAGACGCAGAGCUCACCGGUGAUGGAGGGACUGACACAACCAUUUUAGCAAAAGAGCAGGACAGUUCUGCAGAUGAAAACACGGGAACGUCAAGGUCUCCAACUGAGGACAUGUCCAAUAACCAUCAUGAAGGUGACCCACAUGAUUCAAAUCCUUGCAGCCCACAGACAGAAGGAAUUGACAAUCCAGAGCACCCAAACUGAGUCAGCACACUUAGUUUCUCUUGUAUUGUGGGCUUAAAACACAGUAUCAUAUACGUCACUCCAUGAAUCAUGAAAUAAACAGGAAGACUGGUGAUAUUUACACACUUUAUAGACGUGUAGGUGGUGGGUUGAUAACAAAGUGACCAUAUAUUCUUCAGCCAGUUAAAGGGAGUACUUGUGUACUUGUUAAGUUUUGUACGUAGUACUGCUCAUGGCAGUUAAAAGUUUAUAGACUUGUUGGCUUGAUCCUAAGAACAGGAUCAUAUGGUCACCACAAAGCAGCUGAUUCAGAGAGGGUUCAGAGAAGCAUUCAGUUGAAUCCAGUCAGUUCAGUCCAUCUUGGAUUGGCUACUGUAAAUUGUACUGAUUUUUGUUUUAGUUUUCAUUUUCAGUUUCAGCAACUCAUACCAUGAUAUUUACAAUUUUGGGCAACACUUUACUUGAAGGUGUCUACUUAAAAGUGACAUGAUACUGUCAUAACUAUGACAUGACAUGAACCUGUCAGGAACAUUAUGUAGAUGUCAAACGUCAUUCGGUUUUUGUAAUGACAAGUUGACAUUGUUUGGGUUGUCUUGA